GAGCGGACUCUUUCAUCACCCUCCCCCUGCCCUCUCUUCCCUCGAUUUAACUUUCCUCGCCUGGGUCCCGUGUUCAUUUGUUUUCACGUCCGUCUGUCGGGAGCGCGCACGCGGUACGUGGCCGACAGCGCCGGCGAGCGCGGGUCGCGUGGCGGUGCGUGGUUGCUAAGGGCGCCGAGGCCGCCCGCCCGGCAGGCCAGGGAGGAGCAGCGCGGAAGCAGGUACCGAAGCUGGGACUGAGCGGGGGCCAGCAAGGAGAACCCUGGGAAUUAUCUCUCAAAUAAAAAUAGGACCUCAUUCUCUUCCCUAUCUUCCUCCAUUUGACUCUCAUCAUCUCCAGGCUGACAGAUCCCAAGGAUGCUGCUGCUGCCGGAGGCGCAGGGCACCGUGCAUGAGCCAGGCCCUAUGUGGCUGUGAAAUGGCUCCCUCAUGGCCUCUGCAGGGACAGAGCACUAUAGUCUUGGCCUCCGCCGGGGAAGCAGCUUCAAGCAGGGUGGUCCCCCGGGCACAGUGCCAACCCCACCAGCUGAGAAACCCUCUGAGGGCAAAACCUGGUACCAGGCACAGCAGCAGGUGAAGCCGAUCUGGAGACUGGAGAAGAAGCACGUGGGGACCCUUUCAUCAGGGCAGGGCACCGGCACCCUGGGGAUCACUGCUCAGCCAGCUUACUUUUUUUACCCCAACACCCUGUGUAACUCUGGGACUGCAGCUGUCAUCACAGGCCACGGCAACUCCCCCUGUCAUCUGCACUCCCUCCCGGACCUUUUCAGCAGCACUUUGCUGUACCGGCGCGCCAACUACAGACACAAACCUUACCAGCAGCUUGAGUCUUUCUGUUUGCGGUCAAACACAUUAGACAAAAGACCCCUCACUCUCUCCAGAAGGAGCCUCCCUGUAGGUCUCCCUGCCGCUAAGGUCAUCACCUCAGCUGCGGGUUCCACCCUUCCUGGGGCUAUGGCUUCCUCAGCCACAGACCAGUGUCUCCCUCUCAGAGCGGCUGGGGAGCACUCUUCAGGGAAGAGCGUGUCCCUUGCCGUCUCAGGGAAGAUCCCUUCCUCCCUCACUUCCUCCUCCUACAAGCCUAUACUCAACAACAAUUCCUUCCUGAGGCCAAAUAGCACUAAAGUGCCUUCACAGCAGGCCUCAGAGGGCCUGCAGCCAGUACCCCCACCCAAGAUCCCAAUGCCUGUCUCUUGGCAUCAUUCAGGCGGCACUGGAGACUGUUCCCCCCUGCACCUUGACCACAGGGUAUCCAAGAGCAAUGGCACUGCCCCUGACCACGCCACUGCCCGUAACACCACCACUUCCACCCAUAACACCCUAAACACAACCAUCACCAGCCCCCCUGCCAGAGGUGCCUCUCCCACCUAUAACCAGAAUGUCGCAUCCCCAAGGGCAGAGCGGUCUUCCUGGACCUUAGCGGCUAAGGACAAUUCCCAAGCCUUUUCCAGGGAGAUUCGAUUAACUGAGGCUGUGAGAAAGUUGACGGGGAGGGGCUUUGCCAAGAUGGGUCAAGGCUGCCGGCUUGAACGGUCCUGUCUCAUGAACCCCAGCUUCCAUUGGAAUCUCCUUAAUGGGAACGGACGAUGGCAACCCCCUGUGGUGAGUCCUCGGUUUUCCCGAGAGGAUUCAGUUUUGGAAACUAGACCCCUCCCCGAUGGCUCUGACAACAUGGGGUUGGACAGCACUGUCUUCUGUACGAAGCGCAUCAGCAUUCACCUUCUUGCCUCACAUCCCCACCCUCCCAACAAUGAACCUGCUGGUGGGACUGGGACGGGUGCCCCUGGAGAAAAACCUCCGGCUGUCAGUGUGACGGAUGUGGCCAACCAAAUGUCUUCCAUCCAUCUGAGCCAGCCAGCUAGAGGACAGAAAGAGGGCAAGCAGCCACGGCAGCAGCAGCAGAGCUCACCUGUUAGAAGCUUCAAUUCAAAUACUGACAUGUUCCGUGGUGAGGCUGAGGAUGUAGAAGAGGAGCUGGGAGAUGGGAUAGAAGACUGUUGUAGCCAAGAUGAGGAUGAAGAGGAGGAUGAGGACUCCGAGUGCUCUUCAGUCAGUGGUGUCUCAGCAAGUGAAUCAGUUGCAGUGAUCUCUCGGAACUGCAUGGAAGUUCUGACCAAACCCCUUGCCAACCAUGAGAAAGUUGUCCGGCAACCCCUUAUCUACAGCCUCUUUCCUAAUGUACCCCCUACCAUCUACUUUGGCACGAGGGAUGAGAGAGUGGAGAAGCUACCCUGGGAACAGAGGAAGCUGCUUCGUUGGAAAAUGAGUACAGUGACUCCCAACAUUGUCAAACAGACCAUUGGACGCUCCCACUUCAAAGUCAGCAAGAAAAACGAUGAUUGGCUGGGCUGUUGGGGUCACCACAUGAAAUCUCCAAGUUUCAAAACAAUUCGGGAGCAUCAAAAGCUGAACCAUUUCCCAGGCUCGUUCCAGAUUGGACGGAAGGACCGACUAUGGCGUAACCUGUCACGCAUGCAGAGCCGCUUUGGUAAGAAGGAGUUCAGCUUCUUCCCCCAGUCAUUCAUCCUCCCACAGGAUGCCAAACUUCUGCGAAAGGCCUGGGAGAGUAGCAGCCGUCAGAAGUGGAUUGUGAAGCCGCCAGCUUCAGCCCGAGGCAUUGGCAUUCAGGUUAUCCACAAAUGGAGCCAGCUACCUAAGAGAAGACCCCUUCUAGUGCAGAGAUAUCUGCAUAAACCCUACCUCAUCAGCGGGAGCAAGUUCGACCUUCGGAUCUAUGUUUAUGUCACCUCAUAUGAUCCCCUUCGGAUCUACCUCUUCACGGAUGGACUCGUCCGCUUUGCUAGCUGCAAAUACUCCUCUUCCAUGAAGAGCCUUGGCAACAAGUUCAUCCAUCUGACCAAUUACAGCAUCAAUAAGAAGAAUGCCGAGUACCAGGCCAACACUGAUGAGAACUCUUGCCAAGGCCAUAAGUGGGCACUGAAGGCCCUGUGGAAUUAUCUGAGCCAAAAAGGAAUCAACAGUGAUGCCAUCUGGGAAAAGAUUAAGGAUGUCGUCGUCAAAACCAUCAUUGCGUCAGAGCCAUAUGUGACCAGCUUGCUUAAGAUGUAUGUGCGCCGCCCCUACAGCUGCCAUGAGCUCUUUGGUUUUGACAUCAUGCUAGAUGAAAAUCUGAAGCCCUGGGUCCUUGAAGUCAACAUCUCUCCAAGCCUUCACUCCAACUCACCACUAGACAUCAGCAUCAAGGGCCAGAUGAUCCGAGACCUCCUGAACCUGGCAGGCUUUGUCCUUCCCCAUGCGGAUGACGUCAGCUCUAGCUGUGGCAGCUCUAGCAGCUCCACCAUCAGUCUUAGCAGUUCCACAAAGGAGAAGAGUAGGCUGGCUCCUGAGUACUUCACAGCAGAGAAAAUGAAGAAAGCCUAUUACCUGACCCAGAAGCUGCCUGAUCAGGAUUUCUACGCGUCGGUGCUGGACAUCCUGACGCCAGAUGAUGUUCGGGUCCUCGUGGAGAUGGAGGAUGAGUUCUCACGCCGUGGCCAGUUUGAGCGGGUCUUCCCCUCUCGGGUCUCUGCGCGCUAUCUCCGUUUCUUUGAGCAGCCGCGUUAUUUUAAUAUCCUGACCACGCAGUGGGAACAGAAGUAUCACAGCAACAAGCUCAAAGGGGUGGACCUGCUGCGGAGUUGGUGCUAUAAAGGCUUUCACACUGGAGCCGUCUCUGACUCUGCCCCCAUGUGGUCCCUGCCAAGAUCACAUAUCAUCGUGAAGGGUGACAUCCUCCUCAAUGCCUUCUGUAAAACGGACCUGAACAAGCUGGGGAAACCUACUCAUUCUACAAAGGAUAAUGAGGAUACCACCCAAGACUCUAGCCCCUGCCCUCCAGUGUUACCUAUGCUUAAGUAUUCAGGGCAAGCUCAGAGACUCCCUGUUUCCCCCAUCCCCCCUAAAGCCAACAACAACCUUGUUGGCUCCGUGAACCCCUGAUCAACUUCCUUCCAUUAACCCCACUCCCUCCCCAGGAGCACCAGCGAUAGCUACCUCAUGGGAACCGGCCUGCCGGCCAGCCUGGAACCCCAGCCCUGUCCACCCUGCCCCUGGUCAGAGUAUUUUUGGAAAAGGGUGAAUUCCAGAGAGGGGGUUUCUAUGAGGCUUAGAAGGAUGGUGGGGUUGGGGAAAGGGCAAGGAAGGAGCUAUGUCCUGCUCUCCUGCCUGCUUGCCCAGCCCUUGUUAUCCCAGUUGAGAAGCAAACAGUGGCCAUUGCAGCCUUAUAAAGCAGGGUUUGAUUUCUACCCUCAGAGCCAUGUGUGAUUUGUUUUCUGAUCUAACAACUGACCUCUUUUCCCUCAUUCACGCUUUGGGCCAGAAACCUCCUUAUUUCUUCUCCAUCCUGCCCUCAGACAGAGGUUGGAGGAUCCACAUCAGCUUUUAGCUGAUGGAGCUUGUCAAGGCACAAGGAUGGGACAUUUGGGGGUCAGAAGAGGGAACGGUGGCAAGAACACAGCUUCCUUGGUUUUUGCCAUCUGUCCUCUCAGACUCAUUUUUCUCCCUUUCUUUGUAUCUUGUGGGAUCCCAACACAUGUGUAUGAUGUAGCCCUCAUCAUGCCUUCCUUUGAGAGAACCACUGUUCCUCUUUGUCAGAACAAUAGCUGGCUUAUGAGCAUCAGAUGGGACAUUUUUUCUGCCUUUAGUGAGGUAGGCUGUCCAAUCAAUCCCAGCUCUUCCUUCUUAAGACAUGAGGCUGACGCUGUAGUCCUUUCCCCUUUCUAUUCCUUUUCUCUCCUGCUUUGUGGGAAGGUCUUUUGGUACCUACCACCAUGGAAGCUAUCAUGUUUCUCACCCCAUGCUCUGCCCUUCUUAAUUCUCUCCUCCAGGGCCAAAGUGGAAAACACAGUAGGUUCCACAAUAGGCCAAUUGGCUCAGCCGUCUCCUGCCAGAAACCUGUCAGGUGUCCAUUCUGCAGUACUGGCCUGGGAGGGAUGCCCCACAUCAGGUGAACACAGGGUCUAAAUCUUCACACACAUGACCAUUGUAGCUCUCACCAUCUCAGACUCUUCCAUCCAAUCCGCACCUGGACUCCCAUUCUACCGCUCCUCUGCCCAUUGUCAUAUUCUGAUAAUCUGAUCUUAAAACUGUUUCCUCUUCAGAUUUGAUGCCAUCACCCAUCACCUUCUGACUCAUCUGCUACUGAAUCUGUGGAAGUCAAGAGAUUUCCAUAGGGUUAAAUAACUGGAUGAGGGGCCCUUAGAUGGGAACUAUUAUGCAGUUUUGACCAUAGAUCUUGCAUUCAAGAUCUAGUAUUGGAGUCCAAAGAGCUUCCAUUCUCUCACUAGAGCAACAGAAUUUCCGGGUUAGAAGGGACUUUGGCAGGCAUGUAGUCUGACCUGUACUUGAAAAAGAGAACCCCACUUGCCUUUACUGUAUGAACUCAGUUGAGGGGAAACCCAAUACUUCCAGAUAAACCACUCUUUUGGAUCGCUGUCUUUGUUAGGAGUGAUUUUCUUACAUCAAGUAUAAAUCUGCCUCUGAAACUUCUACCCAUGUCUCCUAGUUUUUGCCCUCUGCAACCAAGAACAAGUCUAAAACUUUUUCCAUAUAUAUGACAGACUUUGAUGUGCUUGAUGGUAGUUGUCAUGUCCCCUCUGAGCCUUUUUUUUAAAAAUAUUAAAUCUUUUUU